AGCGCUAGGAAGUGUAAGGGACAGCGCAGUACUUGUGUGUGUGUGACCUAAAAACCCUCGAAGAUUUUUGCUCUUCAUUUUCACUCCUCCAUCUCAUGAGAACUAGAAGAAUGGCUGCUGCUAAAGUUGGUUCAAGUUUAAGUCAUAAGAUUGGCAGAGACUGUCAUCAGCAUGGGGUUGUAGCCGAGGAAAUUGAUGGCCUAAUCAAAGCGUACAAAGAUGGGCGAGUGGAGAGACCGCAGAUUGUUCCAUGUGUCACAAGUACUUUAGCUCCCGGGCUCGGUGUGACUUCACGGGACACGGUCAUUGACAACUUCACAAACAUUUGGGCACGUUUUUAUGUCCCAAUUAAGUUCCAAGGUAAGCUGCCUUUACUUGUAUAUUUCCAUGGAGGUGGGUUUUGUGUAGGCUCAGCUGCUUGGAGUUGCUACCAUGACUUCCUAGCAAGGCUAGCUGCUAAGGCCAAUUGCAUAAUCAUGUCAGUUAAUUACCGUUUAGCCCCUGAAAAUCCUCUCCCAGCAGCCUAUGAUGAUGGAAUUAAGGCUCUAAAGUGGUUAAAACAACAAGCUCUUUCUGUUUGUACUGAUAAUUGGUGGACUAGUCAAUGGAAUUUCUCCGACGUCUUUCUAGCUGGAGAUAGUGCUGGUGCCAACAUAGCCUUCAACGUCAUCACAAGACUCGAUUCCUUUAAUGCAGGACAAGCUGCUGCAGCCAUAAAGCCACUAACUCUGAAAGGCAUUAUCUUGAUUCAACCAUUUUUCGGAGGAGAGGCACGUACUCAUUCAGAAAAACACUCUGUACAAUCACCUCGCUCGGCGCUUAACUUGGCAGCCUCUGAUACAUAUUGGCGAUUAGCUUUGCCUUGCGGCGCUAGCCGGGACCAUCCAUGGUGCAACCCUCUAGCAAAAGGGUCAGUGAAAUUGGAGGAUUUUGGGAGAUUUCCAAUUAUGGUAUGCAUAUCAGAGAUGGAUAUUUUGAAAGACAGGAGCUUGGAGUUUGUUGCUUCUUUGGGUAGAGCAGGUAAGAGAGUGGAGCAUGUGGUUCAUAAAGGUGUAGGGCAUGCAUUCCAGAUUCUAAGCAAGUCUCAGCUCUCACAAACUCGAACAUUGGAAAUUAUGGCACGGAUCAAGGGCUUCAUUAGUGGAAUAUGAUCCCCUCCCUCAGCCACAAUACACAGAAUUAAUCUAUUGAGGAAAAAAAGAGAGAUUAAUUCUGAAUUGUAGUAAUAUUAUAUUAAUUAAUCUUCCCAGCGUUGACAUUAGGGUCUACGUAUAUAUAACUGUAGCCCAUUAUGCGUGUGUUGUAGUGCAUGUCAAUAUAACGUAUGAUUGUUAUACUUGUGCA